ACAUGACCUUGGGAAUCAGAGAGGAAGAGGGCAUUAUUCAAAAGGGAACAGAAAGAGCCUGAUCCCAGUUUUCAAAUGGACGCAGAUACAACAAGCAUAAUUUCCAGAGACAUCUGCUAAUGAAACUCAAACCGAACUCCCUGGCCAUUGUUACAUGUGGAGUGAAAAAGAGGGAAGGCUGCAGUCCUAGGAACAUUGUCCUGCAGGACGGGGGUGACAGCAUCAUGUUGUAUAUUUGACAUGUGGCAGAGUGAACACCUCACAAAACUCAUGGCAUCAUCACCACAGAACAGAACGUGGAAAUAGCAGCUUCUCAACACUUUAGAAAGGAAGAUAUUGGGACACAAGUGGGACUUUCAGUGAGCCAAAGUGUCUAUGGAUCAAUUUAUCAUCUGUACUCGUUUAUCCUGCAGGGUCAAGGAAGGCUGGUGCUUUUCUCCAGUGAUUAUUGGGCGACAGGCGGGGGUACACCUUGGACGGAUUGGCAGUCCAUCACAGGGAAACAUAGAGACACACAGGACAAACAACCAUGCCCACGAACACUCACAGCUAAGGGCAAGUUAGGGAGACUAAUUGGCAUGCAUAGCAUGCAUGUUUGUUUGGACUAUGGGAGGAAGCCAGAGUACCUGGGGAAUCCAUGCAUGUACAGGGACAACAAUGAAACUCCAUGCAGAAACCGAGGACCUUUUUGGCAACAGAACUGGGCCCCCAUGCAGCUCUGGUCCAAAGCUGUAAUUAGUUACAAAGUGGAUUAAUGACAAGUCAUGUCAAAGUAUUUGAGUGGCCUUCGGAAAAGCCCUUAUCUAAAUCCCACUGACAAUCUGAAGAAGUGUGUGUGAGGAAGGCGGCCUACAAACUUGACUCCAUGUGACACCAGUUCUGUCUGAAAAAAGGAGCCAAAAUUCCAGAGAAGUGUGGCGAUGAGCCGCUGGAAGGACGUCCAAAAAUUUAACACAAGUUAGACUGCUUAAAAAGGCAAUUCUAGCAGAUACAAUGGAAAUGUAUGGAAACCUGUGAGUUUGGAAAAAGGUAUAAUACAAUUCUGAUUAUUCUGGCAUUCAGACAAAAAUAAUGAUUUGUAUAAGUCUAACUGACUAAAAAUCUGAUUUACAUCUUUAUAAAGUGUAUGUAAAUAUUUGGUUUUAAAUGUAUGUUUCUUCAUGUAAAAGUUUACCAGUUUGGGGAUGGAUUUAUUAUUAAUGAUGUGUAGUAAAAAAUAUGUAAAAGGGGAAGGCAUCAGUAUUGAAAUCUAAUUAACAUAAUUGUUAUUGUGUGCUGAAGAGCAAAGCAACACAAAAAAUUAUAGCAACAAAUAAAAGGCUCCGAUGAUAAACAGACAAAAAUGGAAAAAAAAUCUGAAUUGUUUGAGCUCGUGUCUGUUUUCAGACACUAGGUGGCAGCACUUUUACACCGUACUGCCCUCUGAAGGUUCACCGCCCAGUCCUCAACACUAAGGCAGCCGUUUAUGAAGAGGAUUAUUAGUUAUUAUCCAUCAUCAGGAGAUACGUUUGGAUUAGCCAACAUAAUCCUCAAAUUAAAAUCCAGAUCGUCACCAGAUGGCUGACUCCAGCUAGCGGUGGAGGGUUCUUCCAUUGAGCUGGGUGCCACAUGGCAACAUACUGGGGUUUACGUUUCUGUUCUCAAAGUUACAUUCCUAAGUUUCAAGACAUCACAUGUCCUGUUAAGCACAGACGAUAUAUUAAAGCUGUCUACCCAAAACAAAGAUGACUCUUCAAUACCGAAAACAUGUCAAGAGAAGAAUUUAUGAGGAGUGUCUUAAAUAGUGAAGCUGGCCUCAUGCUAAAAAUCCUACUCUGACACAAUUAAAAUCAGCAAAAACUCAGUCCUUUUGUCAGAUUUAUUCAAUGCAAGAAAACUCUCUCUAAAGGCAAGACUGGAACCCCACUCCAAUUAAUAUUUAAAUCUUAUUUAAACAAAUGUGGAAAAUGUGGAAGAAAUGUCACUUUGUCAGUCAUUUUCAUUCAAGGUUUACUUGUUUUUUUAAGGCUCUUUUUUUUCCAGCCCAGGAUGUGCCAGAAAUGUAGCUCCUAGUCAUCUAAAAGUGAAUUGUUGUUUUGUUUCCAUUUCUGACUCUGAGAAACUUCUUGUAAACUAUUUAUUGAGUUGUGCCUUCUUCAAAUGAAUCAAUCAUGUGUCCAUCUCAGGGUGGCAACACCCUCACCAAGUGGCAGAAACUCCAAAUAUUCUACCAAGAGCUACUGGAAAAUGGAGACAAAAGGACAGACGGUUGGCUUCUGGUCUACUCCCCCGUGCCAAUUACCUGUAUAUUCAUGUGCUACCUGGUCAUUAUAUGGGCGGGGCCAAAGCUGAUGGCAAACAGGCAGCCUGUCAACCUCAGACCUGUCCUAAUUGUUUACAAUUUUGCCAUGGUCUGCCUGUCUGCCUACAUGUUCUAUGAGUUCACGGCAUCCUCUUGGCUGGCCAGAUACAGUUUGUUUUGCCAGCCGGUUGACUACAGUAACAACCCCUUGGCUCUGAGAAUGGCCAGAGUGUGCUGGUGGUUUUACUUCUCAAAAGUCUUGGAGCUCAGUGACACUAUAUUCUUCAUUCUGCGGAAGAAGAACAGCCAGCUGACGUUCCUUCACGUCUAUCACCACGCUACCAUGAUCUUUAACUGGUGGGCCGGAGUUAAAUACGUAGCCGGGGGUCAGUCUUUCCUGAUUGGUCUGAUCAACUCACUGGUCCACAUAGUGAUGUAUCUGUACUACGGGCUCGCCGCUCUAGGGCCACACAUGAAUAAGUACCUGUGGUGGAAACGAUACCUCACCUCCCUGCAGUUGUUGCAGUUUUUGAUUGUCUCCAUGCACACCACCUACAACCUGUUUGCUGACUGUGACUUUCCUGACUCCAUGAACGCGGUGGUGCUGGCCUAUUCUCUCAGCCUCAUUGUUCUCUUCAGUAACUUUUACUACCAAAGCUACCUCACCAAGAAGACCAAAAGCACUUAGCAAAUGGGGGACGUGAAAAAUUACGAAAAACAAAGAGAACAUGCUAGAAGAGCCAAGGGUUGGCUAUGGCUGCUAAGGGCCAGGACAGAGACUGGAUAUUGACCUUGAGUUUUAUACUCUGCGGUAUGAAUAUAUGGUCGUGAUUGGCCAUAGUUGAAGUGGCUUAUUAGCAAAAGAUUGCAGUUAUAUUUCUAAUUAUGUUUUUACAUUGACCUUGGCACAAUUCUUUAUUAGCCGUUGUUUAACUUUUUCUAUGUAUUUGAGUAUGAUCAUUUGUGAAAUAUUAAUGCUUGGUCUUAUAGAGGUUCAGUAUUUCAUUUUGAAAAAGUACUUAAUUUAUGUCCAUGACAAUAUAUGUGCACAUUCCUAAUGUAAAACUGGUUAUUCUGGAAUAGUUUGAUAUUUUCUGACAAAUUGUGUAUUUCUAAUGAUCUUUUUACAUUUCUGGGUAAUAUUACAAAUAUUAAAGGAAAGUACUCUCUUUUUUUACCUUCAGUUGCUUUGAACAAUUCCCAAUGUUCCUCAUGUGGGAGCCAAAAAGUCUUAGCUUUAAAUUCAAAGUACUUUAUGUACACAGUUUUAGCACUGAACAUGUUAGGCUACAAGGAAGCGAGCCCGGAGGGGUGUGGCCAGGGAUUUUGCUGAGCAGGGCGUAGAACCUUUUCAGAACAGCUUACAGUUCUAUUUUUUUGUUGUUGCUGCUGUUAUUCAUAAAUCACAAGGGAGAUUUACUUGGACUAAGCAGCUGGAUCACCACAACUACUCUUUUGGAUAAGCGAAAACUCAGAGAAACUUUUCCAGCACAGAUUCCUGGCAGGGCACGUGUGCAUAAAAAAAAUGUUUAUGUGCUGCAAUAAUAAACCUUUUGUUAC